AUGUUCGCCCUUGUAUGGUUAUACCUUUUGGGAACAUACCUCGCUCGGAAUUCCUCACUACCGGGAGAUUGCCCUACCGAAAUUACAGACGUCGACAAAGGCGUGACCUUCAACGCAUCAGGCACGCUGCCCGUCAAAUUCAAGGGCCAAAGAGAUUCAUGGUACAUAAGCACUGCUUGGCUCAAGGCAUUUAUAAGUGGUCCCCGACAACUUGUUGGAUCUCUCGACGGCAAGACCGUCGAAGUUUGUCCAUACAUGCUUAAAGGGCUCAACAACACCUCUGAAGACCCAGACGAUGCAGAUGAAUCGUGCAAAGGGGUCAUGAGCGACGAAUGUAUCGAGGAAUUUGAGAACUUGACUCUUCCGCUAGGUACUGGUAAAAAUUGUCCGAGUUACCAGGAUUUUGAUCUCAGCGACAAAUGCAAGCUGCACCUUUAUUCCGCAAUGCUAUUUCCGCCGCGCAAUUUCUCCACGGCGCGCUGUUCGCUCGACAAGAUACCAUAUCUCGACAUUCCCGAUAACCAAAGGACGUAUGGCACUCAUAUAUCUCUCGGGGAAGACGGUGAUAUCGACUACGAUGAUUAUGAUGCGUAUGAUAUCAGAGUCCAGCAGACCAUUCCAAUGUUCAUGAUGGUGUCGACCCGUGGUGUUAGUGACAGCAAGAUGGUAUGUAUUGCUCCGAAUAAGGUUGUUCAGGGUAGUCGAAAGCCCGAAUUGAAGCUAGAAGGAGCUGAGCAAGAGGACGAGAACACGGCGUCGCGAGUUGGAGGUUUGGGGGCUGCUGUCUUCCUUGGUGUUGGCGCCGUGAUCUUUUGUCUUCUCAUACCCUGGACCUUCGUGACAAUGCGUUUGUCUUCUUUCAUCACCGGAGCAGCUCUGCUCUCUUCGGGUGCCAAUGCCUUGAACAUUCUGUUGAACAAUGACGAUGGAUUUGGUUCUGGGAACUUGCGCGAGAUGUACCGCAUUUUCAAGGAGAAGGGUCAUAAUGUCUGGCUCGUUGCCCCUGCGACCAAGCAGAGCGGCAAAGGCGGUACCUCCGACUUCACCACUGAAGGAAACUUGACUGCCCCAUCGCAGUAUGACUUGAUUCCCAAGGGUGCACCUUCAGUCGGACACGAUCCAAAGGACAGCCAGAUCUGGUACUACAACGGCACACCCGCUGCCUGCACCUUUGUCGCUCUGGACUAUGUCCUCCCUAAGUUCGCUAACUUUAGCGUUCCUGAUCUCGUUGUUACUGGACCUAACUACGGAACCAACUUGGGCGGUUUUGUGUGGACUUUGUCCGGUACUGCUGGAGCUGCAUAUGCCGCUACCAAUCGUGGAAUUCCUGCCAUUGCCAUCUCAGCAAGCAACCAAGAAGUCCCCUACUUUGAAGUCAAGAACCGAACCAACCCUGCUACGUGGGCUGCCCAAGCCUCCGUCAAAUUCGUCGAGAACUUCAUCGCCACAUCCCCCAAGAACGGUCCUCUUCUCCCCCUCGGUUACGGCGUAAGCGUCAAUCUUCCCGUCUUGACAAAGAAAAACCAGAAUCCGGAUUUCGUGCAGACACGAUUCACUGGAAACGCUCACGUCAAUGAAGCUGUCCUCGACAAAGAGAAGGGAACAUUUACUUGGGCCAACAUCAAGCCUUACGCCGCUGGUGUGAAUGCUUGCAUUAAUGGCGAUUGCUCUCUUCCUGGCGUCUGUGUCUUUCUACACGGUUGA